CCAUGCCACUUGACCCAUUUUACCAUAGGCCUUAGAGAGCGAUACAGAGAGAAGCGACCAACUUUUCGAAUCUCGAUCGGUGGCCCAUGGCAGCAGUAGCGGCUAGCUGCUGCAAGCCUUCUUCAUUUUUGGGGCAAUUCCACUCUCCUUCCGGGAAAUCACAAUGUACACAAAUAUCAGGGACUUCAGUUCCGGUUCCUAGAAUUACUGCACUAUUUUGGGGAUCAAGGAAGUCCACAACACCACAAGAGGUGGGCUUGUCGCUCGGGGAUUUCACUUUGACAGUGUCAACCUCCAAGGACAUUUCGGCAAAUGAGGUGAAACCCAAAAAGAUAUCACUUUCAGUUGUUUCUUCAAUCUUAGACGUUUCACCCAAUGAUUGGGAUGCUUGCACUUUGGAUGCCACCUCUCCUGAAAAAUACAAUCCUUUUCUUACUCAUGCUUUUCUUUCAAGCUUGGAGGAGUCUGGCUGUGCAGUAAAGGAGACAGGAUGGAUGCCACGCCAUAUGAUUGCAAAGGAUGAAUGUGAAAAUAUUUUAGGUGUUGUUCCACUUUAUCUUAAAAGCCAUUCCUAUGGUGAAUUUGUUUUUGAUCAUUCUUGGGCUGAUGCGUACUAUAGUUUUGGGGCAAAAUAUUAUCCAAAGUUGCAAUGUUGUGUACCUUUUACUCCAGUAACCGGUCCAAGAAUUUUAAUUCGUAACACCUCUUUCAAAGAUCAAGUUUUUGAUGUUUUGGUCUCUGCUCUGAAGGAUCUGACAGCUAAGUCCCAGCUUUCGUCACUGCAUAUCACCUUCCCAUCUGAAAUUGAGUGCCAAAAACUGAAGGGAAAAGGUUUUCUGCAGAGGAUCGGAAUGCAGUAUCAUUGGAAAAAUCGCAACUAUAAGAAUUUUGAUGAGUUUCUGAUGGACAUGAAACAAAGUAAGAGGAAAAAUAUUCGACAAGAACGCAAAAAGAUUUCUGUGCAAAACUUGACCAUGAAACGGCUUAGAGGUUACGAGAUAAAGGCAAAGCACUGGGAUACUUUUUAUAAAUUUUACAGGAACACCGCCGAUAACAAGUGGGGGAGUCCUUAUCUAACAAGGGAUUUUUUCCACAACAUGGGAUCAAAGAUGGGGGAUCAGGUACUACUUGUUGUUGCUGAAGAAGGGGAAGAACUUGUUGCCGGUGCUCUUAAUCUUAUUGGAGGAGAUACUUUAUUUGGGCGUCUAUGGGGAUGCCAGCCUCGAACUUACUAUCCAAGUUUGCAUUUUGAAGCAUGCUAUUACCAGGCUAUAGAAGCAGCUAUUGAACUUGGUCUGAACACAGUUGAGGCAGGAGCUCAGGGUGAUCACAAAAUUCAGCGGGGUUAUCUGCCUGUUACAACUUAUAGCUGCCAUUACCUUAUGGAUGAAGGUUUCAGAAAGGCCAUAGAGGACUUUCUAGUGCGUGAAUCAAGUCAGGCAGUGUGCACAAUUGAACUUUUGGAGUGGUACAGGAAAUCUCUUUGGAUCCUAUAAAUCCUUUCAGCCAUCAAGCUUAGGAAUGGAGAGCAUAAAGGUUAUGUUUUAUAUGCCAUGUGGAAAGUCCUUUCUCCAAACUCCUAUGCCUGCCUGCUUUCUUUGGACGAAGUAGUGGAAGUCCUGGUCAGAUAAUGACUGCUGCACCAUUAGAUAGUACUAGCUGCUCAUCGCAAAUGGUAAGUACGCUGAAUCAAUGAACUGUGUAUUGCAGGAGGAUGAUGAGAGGAGGCUCAAGAGUCUGAAUUUAUAUACCGAUAGUUGGAGAGGAGAUAUCUUUGAUAAAAGUUUAUUGCAAAUCUAGCAAAGUCAAAGUGAUAGGCUGGAUAAAGAAUAUUGUGCAACUUGGCAUCAAUUCCAAAAAAAAUAUAUAUGUAGACACACAUGCACACACAAUUAAGUGGCUGUUCUUCUCCAUUGGAAGUUAUUUUAUUUUAUUUGCCCGUACUGGGUAUCUCUUAGUAUUCUUCAAAAUGGCCCUUCUGAACAUUGAAAUGAUGAGAAUGUUUUUGCCAACAUAGAAGAUUUAGUAUUCUUUCAUAUAUGCCUCGCAUGAUUUUAUUCAUCUGUUUAAUUAAUUACUUUUUGU